GAUCAGUCAUUGACAAAGAUGGGUGGCAUAACAUGUCUUCUCCUUUUGCUGUGGGCCGGUGUUACAGUGAGCACAGGGCUGGAUCUGCAGAAGAGAAUCAUUGGAGGUCAAACAUGUGGAAAAGAUGACCGUUGGUACCAUGUUGAACUGACAAUAACUCAUCCUAAAGGAAUGUUCUACUGCGGCGGUACUCUGAUAAAAAAACAGUGGAUUCUGACUGCAGAACACUGCUGGGAGAAGGGAGGGACUAUCAAAGCACAUUUAGGUGUGCAUCCAGGAACCAACAAACAACCAGUGCAAACCAUUGAAAGACAUGAGAUCUUUACAGACACCAACGGAGACAUUCAUGACAUCAUGCUGCUGAAGCUACCUGAACCACCUAACAUUACACCUGCAUCACUUCCUGUCUGUGGAACUCAUCCACCUCUAGGUGCUACCGUUCAGAUGGCUGGUCAUAGCUAUACCGAUGAAAAACAACUUAGAAGAUCAACUACUCUCCGAUGUGCUGACACCACGGUUGUCAACUGUGUAGCUGGGUUUUCUGUCGCCCAUUACCACACGUUCUGUGGCAAAAAAGCUGGAGUGGAUAGUUGUCCAGGUGACUCUGGUUCAGGAGUGGUGUACAAUGGCAAGAUUCAUGGUGUCAUUUCCUCUGGUUAUUGCACUAACCAAGGAACACAAGUUGAAUUUAUGGAUGUCUGUAAUAAGGAUUACAUGGACUGGAUCAAUCGAAUAGUAGCAACAUAGAUAUGUCUAAUUUGUGGUUAUUGUAAAAUGUCCUGUCAUUCAAGAGACAUUUCACGUGUUAAGAAAAUUGUUAAAAAUUGUUACGUUAUUAUAAAUUUGCAAUUCACAAUUGUUUGGAUUGCAUUAAAUGUUUGACUCUCAUUUAUAAAGCCCUUAAAGACAAACAAUAAUUAUGGUUCUCUGACUGUAGUUGCUAUCUGACUGUUGUUAUCUAUAUACAGUUUUUAAAUAGCAUUUUCUCCUUUUUCAAUCAAAAUGUGUAAAAACAUAAUUGUACAUUUGCCCUUUUAUCAAUUCAACAGAUUAAGCAUGCUAUAAUCAUUGUUUGGAAAAGUA